AAGGAGUUGCAGGGGAAGGCAAUGGCAGGAUUUAACUUGUGUCCCAAUAGCCCUUUCAGUUGCUGUUUCUUAUUUCAGUGCUGGUUGAAGGACUUGUGAAAAUCACUCACCUGCAGCAACCAUGAGGUCACAGUACAUCACAGCGCCCACCAUCACCAUCUUCCUCUUCCUGCUGUGGACCCAGUCCUCAACAGGCUGCAAUAAGGCUCUCUGUGCUAGCGAUGUCAGUAAAUGCCUGAUACAGGAGCUGUGUCAGUGUCGCCCCGGGGAAGGGAAUUGUUCCUGCUGCAAGGAGUGCAUGCUCUGCCUGGGCACCCUGUGGGAUGAGUGCUGUGACUGUGUUGGUAUGUGCAAUCCUCGCAAUUACAGUGACACACCUCCAACAUCCAAGAGCACUGUUGAGGAGUUGCAUGAACCAAUUCCUUCCCUUUUCCGGGCACUGACAGAAGGGGAUACUCAGCUGAACUGGAAUAUUGUUUCCUUCCCCGUGGCAGAAGAACUGUCACACCACGAGAACCUCGUUUCCUUUUUAGAAACAGUGAACCAGCCACAGCAUCAGAAUGUCUCUGUUCCAAGCAACAAUGUCCACGCACCUUACUCUAGUGACAAAGAACACAUGUGUACUGUGGUGUAUUUUGAUGACUGCAUGUCAAUACAUCAGUGCAAGAUCUCUUGCGAGUCCAUGGGAGCUUCCAAAUACCGAUGGUUUCACAACGCCUGCUGUGAGUGUAUUGGGCCAGAAUGCAUCGACUAUGGCAGUAAAACUGUAAAAUGUAUGAACUGCAUGUUUUGAAGCAGGAAAAUUGUAAUAUAGAAAUAUUGAGGCCAAAGUAAUCUCUCUCAGUUAAAGAGAUGGGGAUUGCAAAUACUGUGUUUUGGUGGAGUGCCUACUGGUUGCAAUUAAAUGUACCUGGUUGAAAAAAGAUGUAUAAAAUCUGAAAACUUUUUUUUCCCUUGUCUUUUAAUUUUAAUUCAUGUAAGCAAGGCUAACUAGUAGAAGUUUCAACACUAUGUUUUAAGUUUAUUUCUGCUCAAAUGGUACAGCCAUGCUCAUCCUUGCUGUUCUGAUUGUUUUCCUUUAAUUUGAAAGUAUUGACUAUACUGGUUUUCAGAAUGUAGUACUAUAUCCUGUAGAUUAGAGUAGGGAGACGUUACGAGUAUGGUAGUGAGAUUCCUAUCACCUAAGCUCAACAGAUAAUGAAAUGGCUGCUAGUUGGAGGGGGUUGUUUGUUCUAAGGGGCUGGUGGGUUUUUGCUUAGUUUUUGAGCUUGUGUUUUAACCUUAUUACAUUCCAGGUUUUCAGCUUAGCCUUCCAUUGUGAAAAUGGUAUUUGGGCAAAAAGAAAAACUCAUGCUUUCUUCUCAAGUUCAGCAAGUGGGCUGUCAUGGAUAAAAUCCAAACUUCUUAGAAGAAGGGCUGCCCAACAAAAUACUAUGUAUGGGGCACUUUUCUUCAAGUUUCAUUUGCCUAGCUUUUGUAGGUACAUUAGGGCAUAUGUUGUGUAAUUUAUAUAUUAAACAAGCAGAAAACCACCUAUUCAGUCUUCUCUUAGAUACCAAAAUACAGUUGUUAAUUGCAGUUGCAUUCUGUCCUUUUGCACCGCUCUCUAGGGCUGCUUACUCCCCAGACAUUCAGUCUAGUAAAGGAAACAUGAAAAGUUACUAUGGAUUUAAUGACUAAAUGAAUAAAGAAGAAGGAAAUUGCAUGACCAGUAAGUGGUAUAGGGCUUGAGUUGAGCUGUUGGCAGCAGACAUGUUCCCAUUUAGUAGUUUGCUGUGAAUAUGUAUUCCAAAAUGCAAUCACUGGCUUUUUUCCCCAUGAAAUGUUGUCACUGAGGAAGGGAAGAUGUGUCCAAAAAGGCAGAAUUAGGAUGCUCUGAGUUUAGAACAUCGUCCACUUUGCUAAGUAAGUGUUUUAAUAUGUUGGCAGUUACAUAGCAGUUAGUAUGAGCCAGUUAGGGCUCUGUUCAUAAUGGUACGAAGUACAAGCAUAGAGUGUAUAAGUAAUUAAUGAUCAGCUUUUAGUAUUUAUAAUGAUGUGGGUUUGAACUCCUCGAUUUCUUUUUUUAAUGCAUAUGCACACACAAAAAAGACUUUGACCAUUCAUGUUUCUCUCACUAACCUCAGCCUAGAGGGAUUAAGCUGUUUUAUAGUCACACCUGUCUAUCUGUACCAUGUACAAAUGAAAGCAGUCAUUUUAAAUUGAUUUUGUUGAAAAGUUUGCCUGAAUGUUGUCUUUUCAUUUUUUCCUAUGAUACAGCUUUCAUUAAGGUGAAAUAAUAAUGAUAAAAAAAUCUACUCUUGUGAAAUAACAUUAUUUUCUUCAGUCUCUUUUUCAGCUAUAAAAAAGUACUUGAAAGAUGAAUGUUUUGAACUAGUGGAUAAUGGAAUACCUUUAUGCUUCAGAUUUGCAAUGAAGUAAUAAAUACUCAUAGAUGUGAAUAGAAAAGCUUAGCUUAUCAUGAAGUUGUUCCUUCUAUAUUUGACAAUUCAUGUUAUCUUUUCUUCCGCUUGAGUUUCUUAAAAUGAAUGGAGAGAAAGAAUACGUUAGAGUAGCUGUGACUGGUUUUAGCUAGAGGGUGAUGCAUCAUCGAUCUUGACCAAGAGAGGAGACACAAAGUAAGCGUUGCUAAAUCAGCAUGCUUCAGAUUCUUACAAUGGUGAAUUAUUAGAAGCACCACAGUAGUUCAGAAUCUUCCUGGGGGGAAAAACAGGGCUGAUGUUUCUGGUCAGGCACCUGCUGCCCCAUGGAUCUGUGACACCGUCUCCAUUUACAUCAUUAGAAUUUCACCGUGAGGUCAAGUCAAGGGAACAGCAAGGGUGACAGCGGGAGGGAUAUGGGGAACUAGCUUAACAGGGGUCCAGGAAACAGUGUAGGGAACGGCAUAAAAAUGUAAACACGGUUAUUUGUGUGUAAUGGCCUGAGAGCAGAAAGUGAGGAUGCACACUUUGCCUUAUUUUUUGUAAUUCCUGAUGCUGUCUAGUUUGCUGUAAGCGUUGUGUGUAUGCAAAUGUCAUACAGCAACAUCCAGUGUAUUUUAUUACAAUGAGUGUGUUAAGAGGUAUUUUAAUAAAAAGACAUUACUGAUU